AUGGUUACAUCAACAACUUCGCAAGAUGCUAGCAGCAAAUCGCAAAUCUUCGCUUUUUCCGACAUCAUCAGCGUAUUUGUUGGCCAAAACAAGCUGGAGUACCGCCUUCAUGAAGCCAUUCUCACAACCAAAUCUCCCUUCUUCGAGAAAUGUCUAUGCUCUGGUAUGAAGGAACAGCAAGAGAAGAAAGUGUACCUUCCAGACGUCAACCCUUCAGAAUUUGACAUCAUGAUCAUGUGGAUGUACACCGAAAAAGUGAAUCCGGGACGCGACAAUGCGCUAAUAACGGGUGUAUACCUCCUCGCUGACAGAUUCUGCAUGCCUGACCUCCAGAAUGGACUUGUGGACGCCUUCCGAGCAAACUACAACACCUACUUGAUUAACCCCAUGACCGUGAAGAAUAUUUGGAGGCUUACCCCGGAGGGCUGCAAGCUCCGAGAAGCGGCCCUCGAUCUGAUGUUCAAUCGCUUGUGUCAAAAUCCCUCCCAGUACAGAACUGCUUCAGUCGGCAAGUCUGCAACAACUCCUCAGAAACCCGAGUCCGAGUUUGCCAUUGAGUUUGCCAUUGAGUUCGAAAAGUUGUUGCAAGAAAAUGGCCCGUUACCAAGUGCACUAUUCUGGAAAAGACACGAUCAUAACCCGCCGACAGCAUAUUCAUUACCACCAGAUCCGUCAUCAAUGUCCGGCUGCGUCUACCAUGUCCAUGCCAAUGGAAAGAAAUGUAAGUAG